AUGCGCCACUGGGCGCCUCCCACUGCCUACGGCGUCCGGCCGCCACCGGCUCGAAGGGACUACACCGCUCCGCCGCCACCGAGGUAUGGGCAGGUAGAGAAUUUUGGGGGCAUGUUGACGGCAUUCGCUGUGGGUGCGGCAGCGGGGGUGCUCACUUGGCUCGAGCUGGCCAAUGUGGUUGACUACUUGGUGGACAAGAUCACCGACGUGGCCAAGAAGCUCAAGGAGCUUCUCGCCUCCGAUGACGAUGCCGAAGCCGCCGAAGAUGAAGGCGCCGAAGAUGCCUCCAAUGACGAUGCCGAAGACGCCGGAGAUGCCUACGACCUCGCCUUCGUGGAGCUUCUCGCCUCUGAUGACGACUCCGAAGCUGCCGAAGACAGAGACGCCAAAGAUGCCGAAGACGCCUCCGAAGACGCUGAAGACGAAGACACCGGAGAUGCCUACGACCUCGCCUUCGUGGAGGUUCUCGCCUCUGAUGACGACUCCGAAGCUGCCGAAGACAGAGACACCGAAGAUGCCGAAGACGCCUCCGAAGACGAAGACGAUCCCGCCUCCGAAAUAAUCGAUCUCACCUACCCAGACGGCGGCGGCGGCGGCGACGACAACAAUUAG